CGUGCCAGAUAGUUUCCCUCCCUUUUUUCGAGCCAUUCUUUACUCAGUGAAAGCCGCGUUGUCCACGUUUGUGCAUAAUUUGCCUGAAAAUAUAUUUUAAAUUGGGAAAAUGGCUCCUGUGACUCGCCGUAGCUCUAUUGAGUUGGAGCAAAGUCGGAAAGCAAAGUUGCUGUUCUUGAAAAAACAGAAGCUGGCAGGCGGAGUCGGUUAUGAAACAACUCGGAAAUCCGAAACGGAAACCGUACCAUUAGUCGGUUCUCAAAACGUAAAACAGUGUCGGAAGCGAGAAAUACCGAAGGCAUCUACUAAUGACGAGCGAUCUUCGGGACUUAAAAGAUCCGGGCCGUCAUUGACGUCUGAACCGGUGCAAAGCAAGCAUCUGAAGAGUGAGAACGUUCAAAGCAGGAUGCGGAAACAGGCAGUAGUUCCGCUGAAGCUGAAAAAAAAUGUUGGUGACGUCAAGCUGCGGAAACGGACUGAUCGAAUUUCUCCACCUACCAUCCAAAGGUGCCGUAGUGACAAAAAUCACAGAGGUCGAUAAGCCACCCCAAUUCAUGUUUGCACCGAUCACCUCAGCGGAAUCUGGUGAACCAAACGUUGCGCAAAAACGAUCAGGACCUUCGAAAGAGCAUCCGUCUUGCUCUU